CACACAGCCAUGGCGAAUGUUGGUCAAAUUAUUGUUCGAUAUAUACUUUUUAUUCUUUUAGGUAUUUUCGUUUACAUAAUUUACGAUUCGCUAUUUCCACUCGUACCUAUUGGGAAAAGUAAAUUCGCAUUUAGUUUGACACCAGUUCCGUUCAAAGCGUCAAUCGGCGUGGUGAUUAUAAUUGGCGUCUGGAUAUAUAUGUUACCGGCGAAGCGUUUGGAAGUUGGGCGGAAAUCUGUUCUAGUAACAGGAUGUGAUAGUGGGUUCGGACAUGCACUGGCUAUAUACCUAGACCUACUGGGGUUCCACGUGUUUGCUGGAUGUCUCUUUAAAGACGGUGAGGGGGCAAAAGAAUUACGUAACAUGUGCUCAGAGCGGUUAACAAUUCUACAGUUUGACGUCACUAGCCAGAUUCAAGUAGACAAUGCACUGGAGGAGGUUAAUAACAAGUUGAAAGGAGGUAUUUUCGUUUACAUAAUUUACGAUUCGCUAUUUCCACUUGUACCUAUUGGAAAAAGUAAAUUCGCAUUUAGUUUGACACCAGUUCCGUUCAAAGCGUCAAUUGGCGUGGUGAUUAUAAUUGGCGUAUGGAUAUAUAUGUUACCGGCGAAGCGUUUGGAAGUUGGGCGGAAAUCUGUUCUAGUAACAGGAUGUGAUAGUGGGUUCGGACAUGCACUGGCAAUAUACCUAGACCUACUGGGGUUCCACGUGUUUGCUGGAUGUCUCUUUAAAGACGGUGAGGGGGCAAAAGAAUUACGUAACAUGUGCUCAGAGCGGUUAACAAUUCUACAGUUUGACGUCACUAGCCAGAUUCAAGUAGACAAUGCGCUUGAGGAGGUUAAUAACAAGUUGAAAGGAGAGUUAUGGGGGUUGGUAAACAAUGCCGGGAUAUUACACACGUCAGAGUUCGAAUUAACGCCCACCUCAGUUAUGGAACAAACGAUGGAGAUUAACUGUCUGGGACCUAUGCGUGUUACCAAGGCAUUUUUGCCUUUGAUACGAAACAGUAAAGGCCGUAUCGUCAAUGUUGCUAGUAUAGCAGGUAGAGUAUGUGUUGGUUUACAUACCGUAUAUGCUGCGUCGAAGGCAGGGGUAGAACUGUUCUCCGAUGGGCUUCGUCAAGAAAUGGUUAAAUGGGGCGUCAACGUUUCCAUUAUUGAACCAGCCGGUUUUAAAACGACAUUGUUUUCGGAGAAAGCUUUGGAGUCGAUGUACAAGUCAGUAAAGGAAAAUAUGACACCAACAGUGAAGAAAGAUUACGGUGAAGCGUACAUGAAGAGUUUUCAAGACUCUUUAAUGAGCCUUUCCAAAAUGCCCAAAAAGUAUUUACCGGAAGACAUAUCCCCUGUUAUAGAUUCUAUAUACGACGCGUUAUUAAGUACGCAGCCCAAACCACGCUAUACCAUUGGUACUGGCAAGUGGUUUAUGUUGUUUAUCGGUAAUUGUCUUCCUACCAAGAUUGGGGAUCGGUUUUUAUUGAAAUUGGCACCGAAGACACUUCUUCCUGCCGCGCUAUUCAAUCAAAACAAAAACAAAGAUGUGUGA